AGGGCCUGGAAGGUGGGGCGUGAAGAUGAAGGUGUCUCCGGCCUCCAGCUCCAGAGGAGGUGGGAGAAAGGGGCACUAAGGCAUCCCCGAGCGCUGGCUCUGAAAUCUGGGGCAGAUUUGUUUGCCUUACUGCCAAUCCAACUGUGCAUGUUAGGGUUUGUCCCUGGCGUCAAAGACAGUAUCAGUUGAGCCCCUAGAUUUCUCCUUGACGGUAAGAGCCCAGGAGUGGGCCUUUCAGUUUUCCAGCAUCUGGGGAGCCGCUGAGGCUUUGCCCUUUGACCUUUGACAUCGCUGCCCCUUCUGCUUCUCCAGAUAUGGAAAACAAGAAUAAGAAGAAAGAUUGCCCAUUCAUGACAAUUCAGAAAAAUGCUAAUUCAGAUAAUCUGAUAUUCUGUAUGAAAAAUGGGAUAAGAAGAAUCAAGUAUAAACCAGUAGACUAUCAACAUUUACGUGCAUUAACUGAAGCAAAGAAAUUAGCUUCUGCUUCUAUAGAGCAAAAGAUCAGAAAAACAAUGAAGACUUCAAAAAUAUCUAAAGAACAAAUGCUAAUGAAACAGCACAAACAAGUGUGGUGGCAGGAACACCAGCGGCUAAAUGAACUCAGAUGUAAACUGGAAUCUGAAAUAAAAUCUCUUAUCAAUGAAGAGCACAUUGGAAAUGAGUGUCUUUGCGACCUUAAGGAUUUUGAACAAGAGUUAUCAGAACAAUGGUGUACAUAUCUUAAAGAGGUGAUAAGUCCUAUUCAUCAGCUAAGAACAGAUCUAAAGUUCAGAGAGCAUCACACUUUACAGUGUUCACACCGGCAUAUAGCAUUUAACUCAGGCACAGUACUGGAAGAGAUUGACUUUGUGAAAAAACAUUUGAAAGCCGUCUUUGAAAACCUCAACCGGGAGCAACAGAACAUAGAAAAUGAUCUUUCAGACUGGCAUGUGAAAAUAAUCAAUUAUUCUUUAGACGACAAAACUAACCUAUUUAGUGAACUACCCACAGAAUUAGAAACUUUGGAAUGUCCAUACCCUGAGUUGAAAUCUUCAAUCCUUAAAGAGUUCUGUAACUUUACAGAAAACUAUCAGAAGAAACUUAAUGAUUUUGAUCUACAGUUGCAAGACAUAUACAGAAACUUUCAACUAAAUGAAGAAGAUCACUGGAUUUACCAGGCUGUUUUGGAUCAAUAUCCUGGAGACCUCAGUGGCAGAAGAACUCUGUAUCUGGACAUGUUACAAAGAUAUUUUCCUCACAAAUCUAGGCAUGAUUUGGUAGAGCAUGAGAAAUAUUGUUACCAAUAUCACUUUGCUAGGGAUCAGAGAAGAAUUUUGUUAGAAAAUUGGAAUAGGAAUAGGAAAGUCUUUAUACAGAAAGCGGUGUUGACCCUCCUUGAGGCCUCUGCCACUUAUGACAUGGAAAGCACGUUGGCAAAGGACAGGAAAAAGCAACAGGAUUUGUGUGCUGCUCUGAAAGCCAAGGUUUUUCAGUGGCAAGCCCACCAGGAAGAGGUAGCAAGACUGGAAAUGGAAAUUUCUGCCAGAAGGAGAGAAAAGGAAGAAGAAGAAGAGAAAUUGUGGAGGAAGAAGGAAUUGUUGAAAAGGGAGGAGAAGAAAAAACAAAUAAGAAAAUACUGGGCUAAGAAAGAAAAGAAAUGGCAAGAAAUGGAAAUGAGAGACCUUCAGCGUCUAGAGGAACUAAAGAAAUUAAUGGCUGCACAGUCAGUAAAAGACAGAGAAAGGGUUAAGUAUAGACAAGCAUUACUGGAAAAGCGUUUGAUGGAGCAGAAAGAAGUGGCCCUUCAAGAAGCGCAUGAGGAAGAAGAGAGAGAGAGGCGGCUUGCAGCCCUUAGGAAACAGGUUGGAGUUGUUGCUCAAUUUGAUCCUGUUAGAAUGAUGUCAGAUACCAUAGCAUCAAAAGCUAAGCUGGGUAUUGAUACGGAAGAAGAGUUCAUUCUUCAAAAGCCACUCUUCACACUGCAUACAUACAAUGAACAGCAGAUAAUUUCUGACCCUAGACUUCGCUUUGAAUUAGCACUUCGAGAAGCUGGACUUCAUAAAACAUUGUAUGCCAAAGAAAUAUUACCAAAAAUCAGUCCACAAAAGCCUCCAAGAAAGGAUAUGGAAUCUACUGUAUUUAAGAUCUAAGCCUCAUGCUAAAAUCCAUUAUAUAUAAACAAGAUCUUUGAGAACAUUUAUAUUGAUAACAAAAAUUACCAUUUUCUAAAAGAUCAGACACAAAAAUUAUAUCAUUUGUUGAAACAACAUUGCCCUUCUUACACGAUGAUUAAAAUUUUAUAUAGUAUUUUUUGUAUUUUAAAAUUAUAUUUAAUACUAUCAGAUUCACCUAGAUGAUGGAAAUUAAUUAUGGUAUAUUUGGUACAUAUUUUAUCAUUUAGUAAGAUGAUUUGGGGAGGUGUUAUUAUAUAAAAAAGAUCAGAAUAACCAUUUGCAAGAAUUAUAAAUGAUGUAGCUUCUAUCUGUGACUGUUCACUUCUGGUUAUUAUUCCAGAAUUUGACUUUUAGUUGUAAGAACUUUAUUAUCAUUACUUCUACUAUUUUUUGAUGAUUGUAAGAGGCGAUUCAACCUUUCUCUAAAUUUAGAAACCAAUUUGAUAUACCAUGUUUACUGAAAACCAGUCAUCCAAACAAUUUCAUUUUGUAAAUUAGCCCUUAAAAAUAAAUUAGAAAUUAGAAAUAGCAAUUCAAGCAUGGGAACAUCUAUUUUGGUUUUGGGGUGGGGGAGGAAUUUGUGUAGCUGUUUAAAAGGAAUACAUAAGCAUUCAUGAUAUUUGAAGUGCUGUCAAAUGUACCAAAUUUAAAUAACCAUCUGAUCUUACAGAAGUAUUUAAAAUAAAAUUGCAAAUAAAUUUUUGAUGAUUUCUAAGAA